AUACUGAUGACAUGCGCAGUUAAAAGAAAAUGAUUAUCAUGAAUAUCUGGUUAUCUACUUUCUGUUGAUCUAUCAUGACGCUAGACGUUAGCAAUGGUUGUUAGAAAAGUGUAUGAAUCGACAUAUAGGCGGAUGACCGUUCUCGUAUUGACAAAGUUUCCUCAGAUAGGCUUAACAUGGAAAUGACCCUGUGACUUCAAACAGUUGGACUAUGAGUGCUUUCAACCAUCAAAAUUUUUCUUCUUCUUUCAACUUUCAAGAUUUUUCUUCCCGCCUGAAUGAACCUGAUGCUAUAAUUGUUGAGAUAGCCAGUGAGGUUACUUCAAGUCAAGUUGUAAAACCCGACAUAGAAGACGAUUAGAAGCGAUGGCUUAUUGUUGGAAUAUGUCUGCACAGCGUCAUAUCUCCCGCCUUAAGACAGUACAUUCCUCCUGUUGUGAGCAAAUUGUACAGCGCUUUGAAACGCACAGACCAGAUUGACAGACAGACAUACGCCAAAUAUCUAAUACGAUAUAAACCUACAAACAAAGAGUUGAACUAUGAGGCAAUUAACAACAACAGUGCUAUACCAAAGGUUAAAGGGAAGAAAGAUGUACAGAAAUAUAACUACAAUGUAACGAGCGAUGUAAACCUAACCAAAUUGUUUAUGAUAACCAGUAUGGCCCACUAUACUGGGUUUGAUGAGACGUGUCACUCGUCGGCACUACUGGGAAUCAUUAUCAAUAUUGAUACAUUCCCCGCUUUACCAAAGCAAACAGCUGAAAAGGUACGUGCAGAGAUUCGGAAUCCUUGGGCUCAUUGCAACUUUUCAGAGUGGGACACCAUCAAGUAUCAAAACUCAUUCCAGCUAAUGCACCAGUUUAUUCGGAAUCUGCUACUUCCGGUACAGGAUGAGACAGCAAUUCUAGCGAAACUUACUCACUGGCAAACAAACGGAGUACAGUUUCUACAAGGCACAACACUUGGAGUAGAGCUGGUACAGGAACUGAAAAAUGAAACAAGAGCGCUAAGUAAAUUCAUUCUGGACAUUGUUCCACAAACAGGUGAGAGUUUCAAAGCUGUUCAUAAUGCUAUACUUUCUAUGGAAGGCACUUUAAAUGAAACAACUGAUAAAAUAAAUCAUCUACUGAAGGAUACGUCGGGACUGAAAGGCAAUUUGAAUGCGCUGACAGAUACAGUAGAUGAUUUGCAAGAUGCACAUGAACAACAUUCUAACUACGUUGAAACGAUGAAGACUGAUAUAGAAGAUAUACAAUCUAAUGUCAGUAAAACACAGCUGGAGCUUGUUAAUUCCACGCAGAAGGUUGACCACUUAGAAAGCCGUUUAGACGAUAUAUCACUGGGAGUAUCAGAAAACAGGACUACACUACAUGAUACUAAGACAGAGGUUUUAUAUGCUAGGACUGAUAUUGAAAUUGCAAAAACAGAAGUUAAAAACAUGAAGACUGGAUUGGAGGAUGCAAAAGAAAAUAUAAAGAAGAGCAAAUUUGAACUGAAUGAUACAAAAGCUGACGUCGCUAAAAAUAGAGUUGAUAUUGAGGAGUUAACUAAAUAUUUGUCAUCAGUUAGGCCAAAUAGCAGUGUUUUUCUAUCCCCCAGAUAGAGUUUCUUCAUUUGUCAGU